AUGAAAGUCUGGAAAUUCUGUCUCUUCCUCAUCUUUCCACUUCUAAGUUCAUCGCUCGGAGAGGACACAGUGGCAGAAGACAUCGGCGUCCAUCAACUGGAGCGCUUAGUGGAGUUGCUGACAUCUAAAGAGUGUGAGGACCUUCUGUCCGCCCUCUCUCACCCAGAGGAGAACAUCUUCCAGCAACUUGAGCGCCUCUCGCCAGAGAAGAAUCAACUGGAUCUUAAGCCUCGAGCUAAGAGAGAUGCCUCUUCUGCUGUGGAUAGUGAAGCUCAGUGCCGGACAGCCCUGACAGACUGGCUGCUGAGGUACGGCGAGCAGACCUACUACGACAGGCUUUCUCGGGCCUUGCGGCACAUCGGCAGAGCAGACAUCGCCAUCGAAGUGGGGAAGAACAUCAACCAGGACAAAGCCUUGAGCAUGAAACGCUACGUUGACGAUUAUCACAAAUACGUGAGCUCUUUAAACCUCCCAUCGGUCCAAUCAGAAGGGAAACACCGCCAGCGUGAAGGCCGGAGGGUCAGAAAGAGAAAUGUGAGAGAUCUGACGUGGCGUGACCUGGAUCUGAUUGUGGAGAGGGAUUCUGUUCCUUUGUACCAGAAGGGGCCUUUGGAUGUAGCUCUUCCUCUCUUGUAUGGCAUCCUGCUGGGCUUCGGAGGCACCUUGCUUGCAGGCUACCUCAUCCUCCUCGUCGGCAUCCACACCUUUCGCAGGAACCAGCAGAGCCGUCGCCCUUCGGUCACUAGCAGUUCCGCCGGUGAGCUCAUAGUCGGAGAUGCGAUGCUGGAGGACGCAGCUUCUGGGAGCUCAGAUUAG